CGCUACAUCGUUUCUACUUGUCAUUUGAAAACAGUAUCUGUCGUGAUUAUAUCACCGAAAAACUUUUCAAACGUAUGGAGAGGCUCUUGGUGCCAGUCGUUCUUAAAAAGUCGCUUUACAACGAUAUUUUACCAGAGGGAUCCUUCAUCGCUGCAGACGAUUUCAAAUCGCCACGCGAGCUAGCUGUUUAUUUGGAUUAUCUGGAGAAUAAUAGAACUGCCUAUCUUAGGUAAUG